GCCCAGGAGGCCGGCGCGGGCGGUGCAUCGAGGGCUAUUGUCUUGGCAUCGCCCCCUUCCCUUCUUCCUCGCUUUUCCGCGCUGGGGUUUUGCAUCUUCCGCGCGAGGGACUCGCAUUGUGAGCGCAGCAGAAUGGGUGAUGAGCAGGAGAUCAUGUGCAAACUCGAAAGCAUCAAAGAGAUCAGAAAUAAAACGCUGCAGAUGGAAAAGAUCAAAGCUCGCUUGAAGGCAGAAUUUGAGGCUCUGGAAUCCGAGGAGAGGCACCUGAAGGAGUACAAACAGGAGAUGGAUCUCUUGCUGCAAGAAAAGAUGGCCCACGUGGAGGAAUUGAGACUCAUCCAUGCUGAUAUCAAUGUUAUGGAGAACACAAUUAAACAGUCCGAGAAUGACCUGAACAAGCUCCUGGAAUCAACACGCCGUCUCCAUGAGGAAUACAAGCCUCUCAAAGAACAUGUGGAUGCUUUGAGAAUGACUUUGGGUUUGCAAAGGUUGCCUGAUUUGUGCGAAGAGGAAGAAAAACUUUCUCUUGAUUACUUUGAAAAGCAGAAAGCUGAAUGGCAGACGGAGCCACAGGAACCUCCAAUCCCAGAAUCCUUGGCUGCAGCAGCUGCAGCUGCUCAACAGCUGCAGGUGGCCCGGAAACAGGAUACGAGACAGACAGCCACUUUCAGACAACAGCCACCUCCUAUGAAGAUUGAUCAUUAUGAAUUCUUCGCUGCAAAAUCAACAUUAAUCUAUUAGCUAUUAUUUUAACAAAAAUCUUAUAAUCAUUAUUUAAAAGCGAGAUUGGCCUAGAGUUCCCAGGUUUAGAACAAUCCUGUUCCUCUUUUGGUAUCAAUGAAAUAAAAGAGGUUCUCCAUGAGGGGGGAAUACCCCCUCCUAAUUGUAUCUGAUUAAAUAAUUCCUUAAGUGGACCUAACAUCUCAUCCUGUAAAUUCCUAUAAUAACUAACUGUAAGCCCAUCCGUACCAGGAGUUUUCCCCAUUUUUAAUUGUUUAAUUACCAAAAUAAUUUCCUCAGAGGUUAUAGGCCGAUUCAGUUCAUCCAUUUGUUCUAAAGUUAAAUUUUUAACCUUAUAUUCCUUCAAAUAAGUAUCAAUAUCCCUGUUCAAUAUAUUAUUUUUAAGAUAUAAAUUUGUAUAAUAUUCUAAAAAAGCUUUUUUAAUUUUAUCCUGUUGAUAUCUCUCUUUACCUUUAUAUUCUAUUUUUUCUAUAGUACGUUGUUUUUGUCUUUUCCUUAAGGUGUAUGCUAACCACCUACCAGGUCUAUUUGCAUUACAAAAAGUAUUAUGUUUGGCAUAUUGUAUAUUUGUUGCCACCUGAUCAGCCAUUAUCAUAUUAAAUUGACUCUGUAAUAACUUUAUUGCAUCUUUAAGUUUUUGAUCAUGCGGGUUAAGUAUUAAUAAUUGUUGUUUCUUAUAAAUUUCCUCUUCUAAAUACCUACGCUGUCUUUGUUGCUUAUUUCUCUGUCUAUUAUUAAUAUAUAUUAAUACACCUCUCAUAAAAGCUUUACUGGCGUCCCAAACCAUUUCUAUCGAUGUUUCGUUAUUCAAAUUAUAAUCAAAAAAUUCUUUCAUCUGCUUUUUACAUUGAUUUACAUUAUCCUGAUAUCUAAACAAAUUUUCAUUUAAUCUCCAAGUUCUUCUACCUUCUUUUCCAUAUUGCAAUUCCAUCCAAACAGGACUAUGAUCAGAUAAACAUCUUGGAAAUAUCUUAGUUUUCUUCACCCUAAAAAGCAAAUCAUUAGAAAUUAAAAUAAAAUCAAUACGUGAGAAGGAUUGAUGCCUAUCAGAGAAAAAAGUAUAGUCUCUUUCCUCCAAAUUCCGCAGUCUCCAUACAUCUCUCAACUCAAAAUCUUCUAUCAUAUCAAAAAAGGAUUUAGGCAGCUUUGCAUGUGCAGGUAUCUUCUUAGAAAAAAUUCUCUUGUCCUUUCGUGUAUCUAUUACUCCAUUCCAAUCUCCCAAUAUAAUACACGAUUUAUAAUCCCAUAGAAUCAAUUUAUCAUACAACAUUCUAUAAAAAUUUUCUUGUUGCUGAUUGGGUGCAUAUAUACCAAACAAAAGGGUCUUUUUGGUUUCUAUUGUAAGUUCAAUAGCAAUAUAUCUUCCGUGAAUAUCUGCCUCUAUUAACUUGGCUGGUAUAUCUUUUCUCAAAUAAACCACUAUGCCAUGUUUUUUGUCCAAAGCUGAUGUCCAAAAUGUUUACCUAACUUUGAGUUUAUUAAGUACUUUUGAUCUGAUAGUUUAAUAUGCAUUUCUUGUAAGCAAAUCACAUCAUUUCUAAAUUGUUUCAAAUAAUGAAAUAUUUUUCUUCUCUUCUGAGCUGAAUUCAAACCAUUGACAUUCCAGGUCAAGAUUUUAUUUGCCAUUACUGGCCUGCUGAAGCUUUUGAGCGAUCAGCUGAAGAUGGUCCUCCCGUAUCUUCGGCCGUGCUCCUCCCACCGCUUCUAUAGCAGAAUCCUGAACUUUACUUUGAGUUUGUUGCUCUUUUUCUUUAUGCUUAGGGGGUCCCCUCGUCAGUCUUUGUUCUUGUGGUUGUUCCUCAGAUGGUAACAUCACUGGAAUCACCUCAGCUUGCACACUCAUUUGAGUCUCUUGAAUUCUUUUUUCUAUUAUUUCUACUUCAAGUUUCAGCACGGUAGAAAGAAAAUCUUUGGCCUUAAGCACUGUAUCAAUACGAUAGAAAGUGGUAUUAACACUUCAUGUGUUCUUGAUUCUAUCCCUCUGUUUAUGCAGCCCAGAACUGUGUUGGCUUUUUUGGCAGCUGCUGCACACUUCUGGCUCAUAUCUAAAUGGUUGUCCACUAGGACUCCAAUAUCCUUCUCACAGUUACUACUAUUGAGCAAGGUACCACAUAUACGGUACCUGUGCAUUUUGGGGUUUUUUUGCCUAAAUGUAGAACCUUACUUUUUUCACUGUUGAAUUUCAUUUUGUUAGAUAGCCACCAAUAUUCAAGUCUGUCAAGAUCCUUCUGUAUCUUUAGCCUAUCUUCUGGAGUGUUGACUAUUCCUGCCAGCUUGGUGUCAUCUGCAAAUUUGAUGAGUUCCCCAUUUAUCCCCUUGUCCAAGUCAUUGGUGAAGAUGUUGAAGAGUACUGGGCCUAAAACAGAGCCUUGGGGUAUUCCAUUGCAUACUUCCCUCCAUGUGGAUGCAGUUCCAUUGAGGACUACACGUUGAGUGCGGUUGGUCAGCCAGUUACGAAUCCAUCUGGUGGUGGUGCUAUCUAACCAACAUUUUUCUACUUUAUCUAGUAGUAGGUUAUGGUCUACUUUAUCAAAUGCUUUACUGAAGUCCAAGUAAAUUAUAUUGACAGCAUUCCUCUGGUCUACUAAUUUUGUCACUUUGUCAAGGAAUGCAAUAAGAUUAGUCUGGCAUGAUCUGUUUUUGACAAACCCAUGUUGGCUUUUGGUUAUUACUUUGUUUGCUUCUAGGUGUUCAGUGAUUCGUUACUUGAUUAUCUUUUCCAGAAUCUUCCCUGGUAUUGAGGUCAGGCUGAUGGGUCUGUAGUUUCCUGGAUCUGUUUUUUUUUCCUUUUUUAAAGAUGGGAACUACAUCAGCUCUUUUCCAGUCCUCUGGCAGUUCCCCUGUGCUCCAGGAUCUUUGAAAGAUAUAGUUCAGUGGUUCUGAGAUCUCGUCUGCCAGUUCCUUCAGAAACUUGGGAUGUAAUCCAUCCGGUCCUAGUGAUUUGAAUUCGUCUAGGGUAGACAGGUGUUCAUUUACCAUUUUUUUCCUAUUUUAACUUGUGUUCCUAAUCUGUUUUUUGUGGUGCUGUUUUUGAUAGGUUGAAUUGUUUUUUCCUUUUGUAUAAAGACAGAUGCAAAAAAUGAGUUAAGGAGAUCUGCUUUCUCCCUGUUGCUUGUCAUCUUCUUGCCACUUUCUCCCAGCAAUGGGCCAAUUGUUUCCUUGACUUUUUUCUUGUUUUUAACAUGUUGGAAGAAGCUUUUUCUGUUAUUUUUUACUUUUGUCGCUUGCCUUUGUUCAUUAUGAGUCUUAGCUUUCCUCACUUCAUCUUUACAGGCUCGGGCUAUUUGCUGAUAUUCUGCCUUAGUUAUUUGCUCCUCUUUCCACUUUUUAUACUUGUCCUUUUUGUCUUUCAAUUUGUCAGAUAGUUCUUUAUGCAUCCAUGCUGGGAACCAAAACGUUCUCUUCAUAUCUCCAAUUUUUUUGAAAAGAUCUCUGGUCCUCCAUAUUCUAUUGUUUUCUUCUAUUUCUUUGCACUUAAUUUAAGAAGUCAUUCUUAUCUCUUCUAGCUAUUCUCUGGAAUUCAGUUGGGUAUAUCUUUCUCUUUCUCCCUUGCCUUUCACUUCUCUUCUUUCCUCAGCUAUUUGCAAAACUUCCUCAGACAGCCAUUUUGUUUUCUUGCAUUUCUUUUUCUUUGGGAUGAUUUUAGUUGUUACCUCUUGUACAAUGUUGCGAACCUCUAUCCAUAGUUCUUCAGGCACUCUGUCUAUUAGACCUAAUUCCUUAAAUCUAUUUGUCACCUUAUAUUCAUCUGGGAUAUGAUUUAGUUCAUAUCUGGGUGGCCUAGAGCUUGGCCAUUUACUUCCCUACUUCCUUCAAUUUAAGCCUAAAUUUUGCAACAAGAAGCUGCAAAUUGAUCUAAGCUACAGUCAGCUCCUGAUCUUGUUUUUACUAACUGUAUAGAGCUUCUCCAUCUUUGGCUGCAGAGCACAUAGUCAGUCUGAUUUCUGUGUUGACCGUCUGGUGAUGUCCAUGUGUAGAGUCGUCUCUUGGGUUGUUGGAAAAGAGUAUUUGCUAUGACCAGCGUAGUCUCUUGACAGAAUUCUAUCAGCCUGUGCCCUGCUUCAUUUUGUAUUCCAAGGCCAAACUUGCCUGUUAUUCCGGUUAUCUUCUGGCUUCCUACUUUAGCAUUCCAAUCCCCCAUGAUGAUAAGGACAUAAUUUUUUGGUGUUAAUUCUAUAAGGUGCUGUAGGGCUUCAUAGAACGGGUCAAUUUCAUCCUCUUCAGCACCAGUGGUUGGGGCAUAGACUUGGACUACUGUGAUAUUGAAUGGUUUGCCUUGGAUUCGAACUGAGAUGAUUUUGUCAUUUUGGGGAUUGUAUCCCAAUAUUGCUUUUCCUACUCUUUUAUUGACUAUGAAGGCUACUCCAUUUCUUCUGAGGGAUUCUUGCCUGCAGUAGUAUACCUGAUGGUCAUUUGAAUUAAAUUCACCCUUCCUGUCCAUUUUAGUUCACUGAUUCCUAGGAUGUCGAUGUUCAGUCUUGUUAUCUCUUGUUUGAUCACAUCCAGCUUGCCUUGAUUCAUGGAUCUUGUAUUCCAGGUUCCUAUUGAGAAUAGAUCUUUACAGCAUCGGACUUUCCUUUCAUCACGAGAUGCAUCUACAGCUGAGUGUCCUUUCGGCUUUGGCCCAGUCGCUUCUCUCUUUCUGGCAGUACUAGUACUAACCCUCUGCUCUUCCCCAGUAGCAUAUUGGACACCUUCCAACCUGAGGGGCUCAUCUUCCAGUGUCAUAUCUUUUUUCCUUUUUGUACUGUCCAUGGGGUUUUCACGGCAAAGAUACAGGAGUGGUUUGCAUUUUUCUUCUCUAGCGGAUUGUCAGUUUUGGAAGACAAUUUUCUUUUUGUUUCUUAACUGCCACAUAUUUUAGCUGGGGAAGUUGGGAGGGGGUUGUUGUUGGAGCGAUAGAAAGUUAGUCAUAACAACAUUCCGUAUUCAAGGACUUUUGCCUGCGUCUGAUGUAGACUGCCUGAAGAUUGUAUCCAACUGAGUGAAGAGUUGAUUGGACAAUGUGAUGAACUUGUGGGUGUGGGGCAGGGCUGUGAACAGUCAACUGCAUGUGGAAAACCUGGAAGCUUUCAGUUUUGGGUUUUCCCAGCUGUGCCAACAUGACAUCUCUAAUAAAUUGGAACUUUGAAGAACCUCAAGCCUCAGAGCUUUAUUUCGUUGGGCUUAUUCCUUGGAACCCUGACAUGGAUCAUGUUUUG